AUGGCUCUGGUCCUUCUCCAAAUCCUCCGUGCUCUGGUGUUUUCUCUGCGCAUUCUCAGGCUUCCACCGCCAAAAAUGCUCGAAUCGUGGAUUGAUGGAACGGAGCGUCGGAUUUUCAGGAUCAUCCCUUCCCUCAUGGAGUGGGACGCGAAUGAACCAAGAAAAUCCAUGCUUUCAAGCGGCGACGAGCAUGCCCUAGGUGUUCCCCGAGCCGACAGAUCCUCGGAGCAUUCGCCAUUUGAUGCGCCUCUUGACGCCGUGAUAGCACCCAUUGCAAGUUCCCAACCGUCGACUGAGCCAUCGAGGAAGAUCAUCGAGAGGACAGGGCUGAGAUAUCACUUGCAAGCAAGUCGGCCCAGGUAUCCAGGAAAUAUGAGUCUGACCAAGUCUGCGGUCGUUCUGCCGACACACACUGGGAUUACACCCAGAGCGAUCAACAUGUCCGCCAAUCUUGACGGAGCGCCAAUCACGCUGCCUGCGGUCCCUAGCUAUCUGUCGCGGAUGUCAUAUAAUUCCGUCAGUGACUCCAUUUACUCGUCGACUUCGAACGGUCCUGUCGGUUGCAGACAUCCGAUGUCCACGAGUUCUAGUCUUAAAGGAGUCGCUCCAGCAGCAGCGCGUAUCUAUACCGACCUGCUCCCAAAACGACCAGUCUUCAGCUUCAGCAGCGGACUUUCUUCCAGACCGUACAGUUUGCAUGACAAGAUCCGAAGCUCGAGCAACGUUCAGUCCGGACUUACCAGCCUAGCUGGGAUGGACCAGUUUCCAAGUGUUCCUGGAACGAUUUCAAGCUUCCCUGGGAAUUUUCCCAUCAGUGAUGAACUUGAAUACAGUUCACUGGCCACGGUUGCGCAGCAUGUGGUUAGAGGACACACGAGACCACUUUCUGCGCCUAUGUUUCAGCUUGAGUCUGUCGAGAGUGGAGGGCAGGCAGCUGACAACGAUGACACUGAAUGA